AUGAAUCAUAACGAUACACCAAUUCCAAUGGGAGGUAAAGCUAUUCCAGCAGGUAUGGAAGCUGAUGCUGAUUGGAUGAAUCAACCAAUUGUUGAAACACCAACUGUUAAAGAAGAUUACGGUGAAGAAUAUAAUACUGUUGAAAAGUUACGUGAAGAAUUAGGUAAUUUGAAAAAAUUGAUUACUAAUUUAGCAACAGCAGUUGAAGGUGUAUUUAGAUGUCAAGCACUCUCUGAGGAUCCAGCAACCUCUGAAGCCGAAAAGAACAAACUUGCAUCGAUGAUUCCAGAUCAAAUCAAUAAGAGAGACAAAGCAAUUGAACAAAUCGAAAAAGUUUUACCAAUUUUCGAAAAUACCGACUAUGUAUCAUAUAAACAAGGAUCAGAAGAAGUGAUUACAAUUUCAAAGACAACUUUCAAAACUAAAGAAGAUAACUUUAACUUUGGUACAGCAUGUAAAAAGUUGACUACCAACAUCUUUAGAGAUCAAAAGACAUUACUCGAUAAAAUGAAGGCAAUAAAGAAAGCAAAAUCUGCUUAA